AUUUCUCGUCCAUAAACGUUUUUGGUAAGCCAGUAACUGAGUAUCCUCCUCACAACAAAAGACAACCCUGUCAACGUUUUUGGUGAGUCUUUCUGAGAGUCUUUCUCAUUCCUUAAUAUCUGCUGAAUCACUGCCAUCUGGGUCUGUAAGAUCUGCCAGUUUCACAUAAAGCUUUUGGGUCAUUUUGGGAGUCAAUCAUAGUUGGAGGUACAGAGAAAAGCAAACGAAAACAAAAACAUGGACGCUAUUGCUCAGUGGAGGAAACAGUGGUUUGAUUACACUCAAUAUCUGCGUCAAGAGGGGUUCUUGGACGAUCAGUUUGCUCAGCUAAAGAAACUGCAGGAUGAGAAUAGCCCUGAUUUUGUGGUUGAGGUUGUUUCCCUUUUCUUUGAAGAUUCUGAGAAGCUUCUCAACAAUAUGGCUAGUGCUCUUGACCAGAAGGUAGUGGAUUUCAAACAGGUAGAUGCCUAUGUCCAUCAGUUCAAAGGUAGUAGUGCCAGCAUAGGUGCCUUGAGAGUUAAAAAUGUAUGCAUCAACUUCAGAAAUUUUUGUGAGGCCCAGAACCUUGAAGGGUGUUUGAGAUGUUUGCAACUAGUGCAACAAGAAUGCUGUGCGUUGAAGAACAAGCUUGAAAAGCUAUUUAUGCUGGAGCAGCAGAUCCUGGCAGCUGGUGGGUCAGUUCCUGUAAUGGAAUGAAUACUUCUGGUGCAAAUUUCCUGCUAGAUUAAAAGAAAAGAACAUAUAAAUAUAUAUAUAUAUAUAUAUAUCAAGAAAGGGUUUUCAUCAGUUUUGUAGUUUUGACAUGUAUCCGCAAAUCCAAAAUUAGACUAAACCUUGUUUAAGAGAAAUAGCUAGUAGUGCUACUGUGAAUAAUCCAUCCUGCCUGUCUGCUAAGAGCAUGCAGAAUUGUCACACAAAUUUCUAGUCUAGAUUUCAAGUUUAUUUCACAGAUAUGGCUUAGUUGGAUCAGGUGGACGGUGCACCCAUGAAAUACAUAUGUCUAAUGUAUGUUGUUCCUUCAUUAGUAAACGUCAGCUUUAGUAUUAUCCUCUCUCCAUCUGACAUUUCAUCUGGUUUUUGUUUUUGUGAUAUACAUGAGUUAUUAUCGAAGACCAGUUUUUCCAUAGAA